GGCAGAAACGCGCUCAUGCUGCGCGCCACAGAUCCAGUGGAAGCGCAUUAAGCUUCAUUAAGAGGUCUGCCAACUUCCGCUGAGGAAAGAAAUAUUCCUGCAUCUGAAACCGGAACAGUUGCCCUAAAACACGAGGCGAGGCAUUUCAUCGCGACGGGAUUCACAGAUUGAAUAUUAGUCAUAAAAAAGAACUCUUUGAUGACCAAAACAGGAAGAUAAGUUAGUGGAAGGAAGCGAGAAGGAAAUGACACCUAACCCUCUAUUUCUGUUUCUCAUUCUGUCUCUUACAAACAGCAGAGCAGAGAAUGCAGAGGAACGUCUAGUAAACUACCUGCUGGGACCAGAACGCUAUAACAAGCUGAUCAGACCAGCAGUAAAUAAAACCCAACAGGUCACCAUCUCCCUACAGGUCUCUCUGUCACAGCUAAUCAGUGUGAAUGAGAGAGAGCAGAUAAUGACCACCAACGUAUGGCUGUCUCAGGGAUGGCAUGACUACAGACUAAGAUGGGACCCGGACAAAUAUGAAGGCAUCAAAACACUGCGAAUACCAUCCAAACUGAUCUGGCUUCCUGACAUAGUACUCUAUAAUAAUGCUGAUGGAGUCUAUGAAGUUUCCUUCUACUGCAACACUCUAGUGUCCAACACGGGUGAUAUAGCCUGGCUUCCUCCAGCUAUUUACAAGUCUGCCUGCUCCAUCGAGGUGCAGAAUUUUCCUUUUGACCAACAGAACUGCACCCUCAAGUUUCGCUCCUGGACAUACGACCACACAGAGGUGGACCUUAUCCUCACCAGUGACUUUGCCAGCCGAGACGACUUUACCCCGAGUGGAGAGUGGGACAUUGUCUCACUCCCAGCCCGCAAAAACGAGGACCCUAAUGACAUCACCUACCUUGACAUCACUUAUGAUUUUGUGAUCAAGCGAAAGCCUCUAUUUUAUACCAUCAAUCUAAUCAUCCCGUGUGUGCUGAUAACUUCGUUGGCCAUCCUGGUUUUCUAUUUGCCUUCAGACUGCAGGGAGAAGAUGACACUGUGUAUCUCUGUGCUGCUGGCUCUCACUGUGUUCCUCCUGCUGAUAUCCAAGAUUGUGCCACCCACAUCUCUAGCAGUACCGCUCAUAGGCAAAUACUUGAUGUUUACCAUGGUGCUGGUUACAUUUUCCACUGUCAGCACAGCCUGUGUUCUUAACGUUCACCACCGAUCCCCAUCUACUCACUACAUGCCAGACUGGGUCAAACACCUCUUUCUGGUUCGCCUUGCAACUUUCCUCCUCAUGAGACGCCCAGGCUCUUCAAAUGUCCGAAAUAAACUCCGCCAGAAGCUCACUAGCAGGAAUCCCAGCAGUAAAAGCGGUUCCCACAGUGUCACAGGCAGGAGGCAGCACUCUGAUGCCAGACUUGGUGGAAUCCCAGCCGACCGCAACUCUUUCUAUGUUAACGAGGACUUGGCAUACAAUUGUUGCUGGAAUGUGGGCGAUGCCCAGGAUUCUCCAGAUAUUGGGAGGCCUACAGCAGGGCAGCUGGAUGCAGAGCUGGAAGAGGCAGUGGAUGGGGUGAAAUACAUUGCCGAACACAUGAAGAUGGAAGAUGGCAAUGAAGGGAUCAUCGAGGACUGGAAAUACGUGGCCAUGGUGAUAGAUCGCCUCUUUCUUUGGAUCUUCAUCCUGGUGUGUGUGGUGGGAACACUGGGACUCUUCAUGCAGCCCCUUUUCCAGAGCUAUAACACACCAACAGCUGAUGAGUCAGAAUAUGGAGAUUUCUAGAGUCUUCUCGGGUCUUCAACACAGAGGAGAAAACUUCAAGCAAACAUCUCUUUCUGAAAGCUUAAAAAAUCCCCAGCAGCAAUCAGUGGCUGUUGAUUGGAUCUGAUGCCUAAUCAGGGCAGCAAGCUACACAUGUUGAAUUUGCAACAUUGCAAUUUAAAUUAGGACCGAAUUGGACAAAGAUUCAACUUUCUGCUUAUCUAAAUGGAUUUUAAAGCUUUCAGUCAACAUGAUGAAGACAAGAGAUGAUCUCCUAAAAUAAACUAUGCAGGGACAGAUUUUGAUAUUUUGGAAGCUCUGUCAGACUUUGGAUUGGGUUGAAUGCUUAGCAGAUAUAAUGCAACAAAGACACGGCAUUGACAUCCCACUGUGAGUCUGAUGACAUCAUAUUUUGCUCACUGCACUGCCGCUAUAAAACUAAGAACAUUUAAAGCUGUUGUUCACUAUGAUAUCACUCAAUAAAUAAUUUCUACACAACAUGCUCGAUUCAAACCAAGAUUUAAUUUCACAAAACUGGGACAUUUUGUCUUUUUCAUGGUUCCUUCACCAUAAAAUUGUCAUUGCACAAUCUCUUGUCUCUAUUUAUGCUUCAGUGGUGAGCAGUUAAUUUCCAUCUAAAGCAACAUUGUAAUUCUGCAUUGCCCUACUUUAGAGGUUACUUGAGCUUGUUUUGGGUCUUUUCUUUGUUUUUCCUCUUUGCUUAGUCAGUUUUGUUUGUGACAUUUCACGUCACAAAAUCUGUCUGAGAAUCACAGAGUGCAGGAAAAAAAUGUCCCCAAAAGACCAAAUGACAAAAUGUGAUGUAAAGGCAGUGAAAGAGUGAUUUUUUUUCAGCAGGAGCUUGUCUACUUGUCCAAAUCCCUGUUUUAAUGGCAAAUUCUCAUGACGUGAAACACGAGACCAUUUCAAAACUUUGAAUCCCCUUUCCCAAGCUAUACAGGGAAAAUAGACUGAACAAUAAAGAUACUUUAAAUAUUAAAGUCCAAAGAUGCAUAAGCAUAAUUGCUGUACACAUAUUUAAACUGCUACUUUGUUGAAGCACCUUUUGAUUUAAUUUUGCAACUAAGUAUUCUCCAGUUUGGACUCAGACAGCCAGAAAAUAACCAGAAAUAAAGCUCAGCUGGUAUUAUUAAGGGUUCAAGGUGCAAAGUAUCUUUAAUAUCAGCAUGUGAGGUACAUAUAUAAUAUGCAUAGAAAGUUUUAAGUCAGGCUUAGGUGGUUAGAUGUUUUUUUCCUUGUAAAAAUCCACUCUACUACUAUUUACGUCUGUUUGAGGUUUGAUUAAAGUGAUUUUGUUCAGAAAAAAUAUAUAAUUUUAUAGAACAAAGCUGAUGCUAAUGUAAAUUCAACCAUCAGUGAAACCUGUUAUAAGCAGGGUCAGGAUUUGUGGUUACUGUUUUUCAGAAUUUAACUUGUUCUCUCUGGAGAACAUUAUAAUCAGCUCCAGUCAGUUUUAACCAAACCAGUUAGGGAUAUAGAGGGUUUUCAUCUUACAGAAUAAAGGUAACUAAAAACAUUUAUGCUAAUCAACAAAAGCUGCUUCAAGAGGAGCAUGGAGCAUUGGAGGUUGUGAAUGUCUUAGCUGAAGCCAGAGUCCAGGACUAAAUCUGACCGAAAAUCUGUAGUCACAUACAGUAGAUACAUUUUCAUAAAGUGAGGUGAGGAAAAAAUGGCAUAUUUUCUAUAUGUUUGCCUAACAGACUUUCUAUACUGAUAGCCCUCUAAAAAAGACUGAGUGCUGAAACUGCAGAAAAUUAUGGUUUAAUAAAGUAUUAGU